GCUUCUUUGUUCCGAGACUUAAAAAUUAUCCAAAACCCGUAAAGUGGGGGGACGUCUUUUAAGUCAAUUAUUAACACAACUUGCAUUUCACGUUCGUAGUUUGGUGGCAAAUGUGUAAUUUUUGAAUUAAAAUGGACGAAUCGUUGUCUGGUAAAAAGAAAAGUUCCUGGUGGGAAAAGCGCACCAGAUACGAGAAAUGCCUAAUUGUUCUAACCGGAUUGUGUAUCAUCGUGAUAAUUUACCUAGCUUCAAAUUUACUAAUGCGGUUUCCUGCGUCCACUGAACACUUGAAAAAAGACGUCUGCAUGACGGAAAAAUGCAUUCGUUCGGCGUCCAGCAUUUUGGAAAAGAUGGACCGAACUGUUGAUCCUUGCGACGAUUUUUACAAAUUCGCCUGUGGCAAUUUUGUCGAGAAACAGAUUAUUCCUGACCACAAAACAAUGGUCUCGUCUUUCGGCGAAACGAGCGAUAAGGUGAGUCUUCAAUUGCUCAAAGUUUUUGAAGAGGACAUCCAUGAGAAAGACCCUCAUUCUCUGCGACUCGUUAAAUCAAUUUACAAAUCGUGUAUGAACACCAGUCAGAUCGAAAAUGAGGGCCUUUCUUUCAUGAAGCGGGAAUUUCGGGAUUUGGGCGGCUGGCCAGUUAUCGAACCCAACUGGAACGAAAAAACCUUCGACUGGAAAAAUCUUUUAUUCCGUCUGAAACGAAUCGGGUGGCGACGUACGUUUUUCCUGAGCAUGUUCAUUGACACUGACUUGAAAAACUCGUCCAAAAGAAUUUUCACAAUAAGCCAACCUUGCAUGCCGUACGACAGAUACAAGAAAGGCUUUAACGACACGGCUGUUAAGGCGGGUUAUGAGUACUUGGUCGAAUUGGCUGUUCUUUUCGGAGCUGACAGAACGGCCGCAAGGGCCGAAAUGAGGGAAGUGGUCGAGUUUCAAAUCGAACUUGCCAAGAUGAUAAUUCCGUACGAAGAACGGAAAAAUGUCUCGUUGAGCUACAAUCCGGUUACAAUUCGCGAACUCCAGAGAAAUUUCACAACCAUUCCGUGGCUCAAAUUGAUCAAUAACUACUUAUCGCCAAUUAUGCUCACGUCUGACACUGUUGUAAACGUGGCCGUGCCCACAUUUCUGGAGCGACUUGAGAACUUUCUGCCCACUGUGAAGAAACGAGUUUUAGCCAAUUACAUGUUCACGCGUCUGGUUGUGGCCUCAACCACGCAUUUACCGGAAGAGUUCCGAAAGAAGGAUUUAGACUUUGUGAGAACUGUUUACGGGCAGAAGGAAGCCACACCUCGGUGGAAGGAAUGCAUUUGGCAGGCCAAUCGUUUACACAUUGCUGUGUCUUCAAUUUACGUCAAAAAAUACGUUAAUAAAACCACCAAGUACCGAGUGGCUGAACUAACAAUUGAUAUCAAAAGUUCGUUCAUCGAAACGUUGAAAAAAAUCGGUUGGAUGGACAAGAAGACGAAAAAACACGCGUUACAAAAGGCCGAGAAAAUGAGCUCGUUUAUUGGAUAUCCGGACGAGCUUUUGGACGUCAAUAAAGUGGAGGAUUAUUAUCGGGGGCUGGAGGUGGACCCCAAGCAAUACUCCCUGAGAGUCUCUUUCAACAUUUCGAAUUUUGCCCACAUGAAGUAUGUUCAACUGUUGAGAGAACCGGUGUUAAAGCCCGAUUGGCGGGACCAGGCUUAUUCACAUUUUGUGAACGCUUUUUACGACCAAACCACAAACAGUAUCGAACUGCCGGCUGCGAUCCUGCAGGACUCUUUCUUCGACCCCGACAGGCCGCAGUACAUGAAUUAUGGAGCAAUAGGCGGAGUAAUAGGCCACGAAAUAACUCACGGCUUCGAUGAUAUCGGCCGACAGUAUGAUAAAGACGGCAAUGUGAUUGACUGGUGGGAGCCCGAAACCAAUAAAACUUUCGCCUCGAAGAGUCAAUGUCUCGUCGAACAAUACGGCAAUUACACCAUCCCCGAAAUCGAAAUGAGCUUAAACGGGGUCAAAAAUUUGGGCGAGAAUAUCGCCGAUAACGGGGGGAUUAAGAUCGCCUACAGGGGCUACAUGAAGUGGUUGGAGAGGAAUAAAGUCGAGUUGGGGCUGCCAGGACUGCCGUACAGCCCCAGACAGUUGUUCUGGAUCUCGUCCGCCAUCAAUUUCUGCAGUAAAUACAAGAAGGAGAGACUUAAACAACUCGUCACUUUGGGACAUCAUGCGCCUAAUUAUUUCCGAGUUGUGGUGCCUUUUAUGAAUUCCGAUCAUUUCGGGAGGGACUUUAAUUGCCCUCUAGGCUCGCCCAUGAACCCCAAAUAUAAGUGCAGGGUGUGGUAGAUACAAAUUUCUGUUUUCAACAUUUAAUUAUUAACUGUAAUAAUUAUAAGACCUGUUUUGUAAGACUUGUAACCUUAAUAUAAUAAAAUAUUACGAUAAUAUACCAA